AGGGCAUGUUUCACUUCCGCUCCUCAAACCCGGAAGUAGGUCAUUUCUUCGGGUUGCUGACUCUCUACGUGUUGAUUUUUUUUUUGUAAGUUGUGUUAUUGCAUGCUCAUUAACUAAAAUCUUGCAUGCUAAACGGAAAAUCGCCGCGGUAUUUGGACCAUCUGAAUGUUGAGUGUGCGCGCUCUAUUUGGAAUCGGCUUCCUGGUGACUUCACGGGCCGCAGCAGUCUUUGCUCAAACGGGGAAAUGCCCACUGUCACCGUCGGCUCACAACCAUCAGAACGACUGUUACAGUAGCAGACCAGCUUCCGCCAUGGCCCACAGUAUCAAAUACCUUGGACAAGAGGAAGCCCAGCGCAUUGAUGAGGAGCUCUUCACUGAGUACGGUUUCAGUGUGGACCAGCUGAUGGAGCUCGCAGGCCUCAGUUGUGCAACAGCCAUUACAAGGGCGUAUCCACUGAGUUGCUUGGUCAAGCCCAAACCCACAGUGCUGGUUAUAUGUGGACCAGGUAACAACGGAGGAGACGGCCUGGUCUGCGCCAGACAUCUUAAACUAUUUGGUUACGAGCCCUCCAUCUUGUACCCGAAGAAGCCGAACAAGCCACUAUUUCACGGUCUGACCACCCAGUGCCAAAAAAUGGAGAUCCCCUUUCUUACAGAGAUGCCCGAGGCCCCAGUGAUUGACGAGGCCUUCAACCUGGUGAUCGAUGCCAUCUUCGGCUUCAGCUUUAAGGGGGCUGUGCGAGAGCCUUUUGGUUCGAUCAUCGACGUCCUGAAGAAGACCACUGUCCCCAUUGCCAGCAUUGACAUCCCUUCAGGUUGGGACGUGGAGCAGGGGAGUGUCGACGGAUUGCAGCCCGACACGCUCAUCUCCCUGACGGCUCCCAAAAACUCGGCUACCCUUUUCAAGGGACGCCAUCACUUCCUCGGAGGCCGUUUCGUGCCGCCCGCCCUGGAGAGGAAAUACCAGCUCAAUCUUCCCCGCUACCCUGAAACGGACUGUGUGUUAAAAUUAUAAGAUGAAAAAUCUGCAGAGCGUUUUCACCAUCCACUUCCCUUUUCAUCUCUUUUCCUUUUUCCUGGUCCCCACCCACCGUGAAACGAUUCGCGUGCUCCUAAGCAUGCUUUUGCAACAUCGCGGUUGCUUCAACUAUUUAAAAAUAAUACGUCGUCGAGGCAAACCUCAA